GUUGUGGGGUGGGGUGAGGGGACUCCACUGUAAAUCAUGAAGUUGUAAGGGUCUGGAGUAGCGGUGGACCCGGGCGCGGCUCUAAUUCACACAGGGCUAUAAACAACGGAAGCCUCUGGAAGACCCGGGCGAGUGCCCUGGGUUCCAUCCAUCGGUGGCCACAGACAUCAUUCAACUUCCUAUGCUAAUAAAAGCCACGUCGGAUGAUGAAAUACCAUGUCCUGGGUAUCUGUUUGAAGAGAUUGUCAAGAUUUCUCAUGAGUCUGUGGGAACUUGUCUGUGCCUGCUUGAGUAUUUGCUGGAGCGACUGCAAAGCAAUUCCUGUAAUGUCAAACUGAAGGUUCUCAAGAUAUUGCAGCAUGUUUGUGGCCAUGGUUCCCCUCGGUUUACAUUGGAGCUUCGGAGGAAUGCCACUCUUAUUCAGGAGGUAACAGUUUUCAGUGGGCCACCAGAUCCACUUCAUGGAAAUGCUUUAUUCCAAAGAGUUCGAAAAACUGCAGAGGAAUUAGCAAAUUUGUUAUUCUCUGAUGCUUUGCCAUUUCAAUCAUCUUCCACUUCAUCCCCUUCCCGACUAGGUCCACAGACAGAAGUUCCUGCUUUUAUAGGAAUGGGAUCAAGCCCUUCAUCCGGGUCCAUAAUGCAAGGCUUUGGGUGCACAGCAAGGAAAAUGUCUUCAGGUUCUGCCAGCGAUGCUAUUCUUAAUAAGAUACAGAAAGCAGCAGAAGCAGUAGUGAAUGUUGUACUUCCUCCAGAAAGCCCCAGAGAUUAUGGAAACAGUUGCAAUGGCGAGGGCUACCAGCCAGUGCUGUCAAACUCCUCUGAAGCAAAAGAAACAAAACCUAAAAAUCCUGUUAGUGCACAGAGUGCAAAAUUGUCUCGUCAUCAACCUGGUCAACCAGGCGGAGGCUGGGAAGAAAGUGACAGUGGGCACAGUUCCCAGAAUUCGUCCCAGACUAAUUAUAUUUCAGAUGGCAGCAGUGGCAAAGCAGCCACAGACAGCCAGUCAGGAGGCAGCAGAGAGAGUGGAGACUUGAUGGAAAGAGUUGAAUCAGUCAACUUGAAUGACUGCAUGCAAGAAAUAAGUUUGGUGAACAACCUGACCCAAGGGUCUAAUGUGUUCCUGACCAGAGAUGAAAUGCAGUAUUUUAUCAAAGAGUGUGCAUUGCUCAAUUGUGAAGCAGUUGUAGAGCUUCUCAACGAGAAACUGAAGGACCCCUCUGAUAUAGUCAACAUGCGAUCGAUGAGUAUUCUUACCACCCUGAUGUGCUCUGACCUGUUAUCAACUGACCAAAUAUUUGCAAUCACCCACAAAUGUUUGCAACAGUUGAGUGAGGGUGAACCAGGACCUGUGACCAAUCGAGCCACAAAGAUACUGAGGCAGUUUCAGGCUUUGAAUGGAAGUAAAUCAAUAACACAGGUUUCAUCAUCAGAAAGUCGUGUAACUGUAACCCCUUUAAUGGGACUCACCUCAGGGAUGAAAGAGAAGAUGAUGGUUCGGCCACUCCAGUUUCGUAUUGACUCGGAAAAGACUUUCCCAUCAGAGAAAACACCGGUAUCAUUAUUAUGCUUACCUUCAUCUUCACAAGAAGCAGAGACACAGGAAAACAAAGACUCAUUAUUUCCACCAUCAGAAUGCAAAGCUCAAAAUACAAACGUGACUCAAAAUACAUCCUUUAUAGUGGGUGCUGAUAAUAGAAACCCACCUGUAAACCUAAGUACGCUGCCACCAACAGGCAAGCAUAAUUUCCAUAAUGAGCAGCAAACCAUACUAACUGAGAGCCAGAGCACACACUCUGAGGACACGACAGACAAUAGACCCUCUCUGUUUACUGAUAUGGUUCUCGUGGGACAUGAAGCACCUCGUCCAUAUCUGGAGGCCUGUGUCAACCAAAGAUUUUCAUGUGAAAUGCAGAGUGUAACAGAACAGAACAAAAUGUGCAGUAAAACAGAGGUGAAGCUUCUGCACAGUAAUCUUGGACAGACUGACUCUGAAUCUAACCAACCAUCUGCAUUCUCAUUUCUUAAUACACCUUCAUGCAGUGGAUGAGUUCUUGUGUCAAUUUGGCUGUAAAUUAAGGUUAAACUAAUAUUGCACUUUCCCUCACAAGGUACUUUAACUUUUGUUCCUGCUCGGACACACAGAACUUUGCCUUACCUGUUUAUCAAAGCCUUGGUUUCAGAAUGCAGUAUUUGUACACUUGGGUGACACAGAGAUAUGAACACCAUCAAGCAGAAAAUUUGAGGACAUUUGUUGCUCAAAUUGAGGCCGAUUUGAAGCCAAGUGAUUAAUUUUGUGCCUUCAAAAUACUACAAUGGAACAUUUAAGUGUGACUGUUGAAUGUGGCUGUUUAACAUUGUUUGUGAAAACAUUUAAUUGCAUGUCAUACAUUCUUUUGGAGCAUACUUGGACUCUUUAUAUCAAUGAAACUGAAAAAUAUUAUUUAUGUAGUUUCAUAUCACAAUAAAAGCAUGGACCAAAAGAUCAUAAUAAAUAAAAAGCAGAAGAGCAGAUUUCUUUUAUCUAGUUGGGCUGCCAACUGUUAUGGUCAAGUAUGAAAUGAAAUGGUUUGCAAUUUUGAAGUUGGUUUCUGACAGCUGUCUGCCUAUUCAGUUUGAGAAGGAAUAGAUUCAUUGUAUUGGAAGUGCAGCUGAAAUAUGUGUGUUUUGAUGUAUUGCAAGUUGUGGUAGCCUACUUCCUGCUUUAUGGCAGCUGUAGAUUACACUAGAUAUGUCACAAUCAAAAAUAAAACUAUAAAUAUCUUAAAGAACUACAUCCUGAAAAAUAAUUUUUAGAUUUCAUCUGUUCUUAAAUUUGCUGAGUUCAUUCUGAUAUUUUAUUUGACACUAACACACCGGUGUGUUUCAUAAGCUGAUACAGUAUUGUUUAUGGGUGAUAAAUAGCAACAAGUACACAUUUAAUUUUGUCAUGUGUAUCAAAUUUCUUAAUUUUCAUGUGCAGUGUAAUCCCAGGAUACAUUGGAAUUAAGAAUGAGGAAGACGUUUGAAGACAGGUUCUUAAACAAUACAAAUAUUUUUUUAAAACAUUCUAAUUUAUCAGAUUGAUUUGUUUUGCUAUUCCUUCCCCAUUUUUUUCUGCAUGUAUCAAUUACCUAUCACUACCAGUUUUGUACAGACAAUGUUACUGCCAUUAUCCAUUUAGUAAAAGGACAUGUUAUUAUGCAGAUUCCUGAAUGCUAUAGUUUUUCUUACUGGAGUGGGGAAACAUCAGCCUUGGGAAUCAAAAAUAACGUGGCUCAAAAACUAGAGCAACUGCCUUUAUAGCCCAAGACCUGUGGAUUUUGCCAGCACUUUCAAUUGAGACAAGCCAUGUUCAGCCAUUUGAAUGACUGUAAACCUUGGAAGUUCCCACAUGAUCUAUCAAGUUCUUGGGACUCCAGUCGUGUGGCCUAGUCUUCCUGAGAGUGCUUCAUUUAAGUUUGAAGAAAGCACUUAGAGACUCUGCCAAUGAAUUAUCUAAAGUGAUGGUACUAAUUUGCCAUCAUGUGUGAUUUCAACUUAAGAACAUCUAGGACCUACAUGAUAAAGUUAUCAUUUAUUGCUAAUGGAACUGUUACCUGCCUCUACCAACUCCUCUGUUGGCUCCUUCCAAACAUUUCUCUUUAGUAUUUUUUUGCAUUUCAUUUUUAAGGCAAUCUGCUUAGAAUUUUAAAAUAUAGUAGAUUCUAGUUAAUUGGGACAACUCUUAAAGAACAAAAAAAAUAAUCGGGAAAAUAGGCAGGGUUCUCUUCAUUUAUUUGGGACACUCACUUAAUUGGGAUAAGAGACUGUUGGAAAAGUUUCUAAAUAGUAUGAGUCAUGUGCACUUGUGGCCAUUAAACACUGCACCCUGCUUAGAAUGAAGAGUUUUUAAAUAGCAAAUCGUAAACAUGAGAAAGUCUGCAGAUGCUUGAAAUCCAAAGCAACACACACAAAAUGCUGGAGGUAUUCAGCAGGUCAGGAAUUAAUCAUAGGUAGUUGACAUUUCAGGUCCUGAAGCAGGGUUUCAGCUGGAAAUGUUGACCAUCUAUUCAAUUCCAUAGAUGCCACCUGAUCUACUAAGUACUUCCAGCAUUUUGUGAGAGUUGUGUGUGAUCAAAAAUCAGCGAUUUUUUUUUGUCACACAGUUGAUGUAAAAUAAGCAGCAAGCCAGUUUGAAUUGUUUUGCUCUCUGCAGUUUCAAGCGUUCAGGCUUGGAUAUGCUAGACAUGGCCAGGAGUAAAAAUGAAAUGAUUUCACUUCAAGUUAAGAACCAUAAAGAAUCUGAAGUAUCACAAAUAAUCUUAAAUGUUCAAAUCAAAAAUGAAGGUUUGGAGGAUGCAAUCAUCAAAAGCAUAGUAUUAGGACAAUCUAUUAUCUAGAUCAUUAAUUUCUCCACAAUUUUUGUAAGAUGGAAAUUGAGUCUCUGCUGAUUUUGUUCAUCUACAGUCAAUCCUAAGAACACUGGAUAAAUUCCUUCAAUGAUAACUAUUAGGAACUACAGUUUUAUAGUACUGUGGAAGUAUUGUUAGUGCUUUAAUUUGUUCUAUACUUGAUUUGUUACUCAGCUAAACAGUAGUUUGACUUUUUUUAAAAAUACAUUUUUAACUAUUUCCAUGAAACUUGGGCUAAUUAGGGAAGCUGCUUAAUUGGGUCAAAAUGUACUGGACCUGUUGUGUCCCAGUUAACCAGAAUCCACUGUACAUAUCUACAUUGGGAUCAUUUUGUUCUGCUUUUCUUUAAGAAUAGAAAGAAUGCUAAUAGCAUUAAGAUUUUGUCUCACUUUUCACUGCAUGUUAUUUGAACAGCUCAUGGGGAAGAAUGAGUUAUUUUAAUCUUAUAAAAAUUGUGGAGAAAUCUAUGAUCUAAGAAUACACCUUAAAUCCAACAGCACCAGAGCACCUCUUACAGCAUCAGCAAAAUUUCUAAAUCGGUGGCCUAUAUUGCCUCCAUGCUGUUCAAUAUCUGUCUCGUAGGUCAGCCGUGGCUCAUUUAUUAGCACAUACUCAUGCUCAACAAAGUGAGGUUGAGUUAAAGUGGUACUUCACAAAAUGCAAGUACAAAAAGCCAAGUUGACCAUUGACUCUAUAGUACCGAGGGAGUGGCUGCAGAAGUAGAUGUAACUGAUUUUGCUCAAGACAUUUAAAUCUAUCUGCUUUCUAAUACGUACACUAUAGACCUGAUGAUGAUGCUGCUAAGUGUGUGAUGUCUGUCCCUGCUGUUCUAUCCAUUAUUUUAUUCCAGCAACAUCACUCAGAUAGUUUGGUAUUGCUACAUUUUUUUGUGGGGUAUUGUAGAUCGUCAGUUUGUGACUAUUCUUCCAAAUGUAAAUACCAUGGAACCACUAAUGUGGACACAAGAAAUAAUGUAUAAACAUAAGAUCUUUUUAGGUGAACAGUAUCACUUUCUUUCCUUACAACCAUAGAAUACAAUAGCUAAGCGAAAAGCACUGUUCUAAAAUCUAUAUUCACAGAAAUGUAUAUCCAAGUUUAUAGUCUAAUAGGUGAGAAUACUUAAAUUACAACACAAAUUAAUUUCCAAAAUUUCUUCAGUAACAUUUAUAUAAUAUUCAUGCCCAACUUAUACCUGGAAUUCGAUCUUAUCAGACAUCUCAGCUAUCAAAUCCAUUACUUGGUUCUUUGGCCAACUAUCAGAGAGCAUAAGGCAUCACAACAUUAACCAAUUUUGGUUUACUUUCUUCCUUUGAGCCCAAACCACACCUUUAGUUCAUGACAUGAAUUAAUUAGCCAUUUCUCAGUGAUAACACAUUGAAGAUCAAUAUAGCUAAAAUUCUUCACCUUUCUCAAUGUCCCAAAUCUGAAUGCAUUUCAGAUCAAAUGCAAAUACUACCAUAAGACCACUUAAAAUAUGAAGAAUCAAAUGAGCUAUUAGACUAAAAUAAAGCAAGCAUCACAAUUUGCUAUCAGCUGAACUAACUUUCCAUAAUGUAUUGAACAAAGACAAUUUCAAAGGUAAACAUAUUAAAGAAGGGCCAAUAUCAAGAAACUGGCAGUGCUUUCAAUAACUCUGAAAUCAAAGACCAAGGCAUCAAAAAUUUAAGUAAAAUAAAUUUUAUUUCAAAAUUGUUGAAAGCAAGAAAUGGACUUCUCUUAAAAAAUGAAGUUUCUACAAUAGGCUUUGCCAAUACGAGAUCUUGAAUAGCCAUGAUUUUUGUUACAGCUUAAAUGUCCAAAAUACCUAUUUUAAAAUUUAAAACAACUCUAAUCUGUGCAAAUCCACUUACUUGUAUGUUGCAUGUAUGAGGGUAAACAAAGACUGUCAAAUUACACUUACUGGUUAAAAUUAAGUCCUAAAAUGGUUACUGUAUGCAAGCCAAGUUAGAUCAGUAAAGUACUUUCUUUUUUGCCAGGAACUGAUGUCAAAAGUUGCAAACACCACAUUUGAGGUAGUGUUCUGUUUCCUUUCCAUUGUGGCUCUCCACAUAUCGCUCUAAUGAGAUUUAUUGAUGACCUAACUAGCAAUGUAACAUGACUUUGUACAUAUUGCUUUAUGAAAAAAAUUAUAUCAUUUUAAAAAAGUGUACUGGCUCUUCAUUUUAAAACCUUGUCCAUAUUAUCUUUUUACUUGCUGCCUCCCUAAUGUGCAUCACCUCAACGCACAGUGAAAUGAUUGUAGAGUAUUGUAGAUUGUAGAGCAAGCAGAAACCAAACCGACAUACUUCAAAUUAUUAUUUGCAUUUUAUCCUUGGCAAAGUGCAAAUAAGUCCUUCAGAAAGGAUGUAUUUCAUCCUUCAAAUUAUUCGCUGUGAUUGCAGAUCUCAAUGAGAUGCCUGUUGUAGUAUUUUCCAGAUGAUAAAGUCAACUGUGAUAAUCCAAGUUCUGCCAUGAGAAGAAAUUCUAACUAAAGCUAGUAUAGUAUUUUUUUCAUCAUCCAGAAGACCAAUUUCUUACUUAACAUCAACAUAUGUACUCAUUUAAAAUGUUCCCACUUUAAAAUGUAGUCACUUGUUCCCAAUUCAAAUUGAUCAGUGAUUUAUUGAAAAAUGAGUGCAAUUAAACUGUAGAGCCCAUGAACACUGAAGAACAAACUGAUGAAUUUACUGACAGGCAAAAGUUAUUUAAAACAUUUUAAAGAGCAAGCUAUCCAGAAUCUUAAUGUUAUAAUAUUCUGAACUGUUCCAGGCUGAACCUGAUCUUCAAUACAGUGGCAAGUUAGUGUCAAAACUAACAUUCACGUACUCUGGACUUCCACAUCACUGUAUUCUUGAUUGUAUUUCAAAUGAUCUUAUUAAAUUUUAUUGAGCAAAAAUGGUUACAAUAAUUUUGCAGUUUUCUUCUAAGGAUAAAUUUGGUAAUUUUAGUCUUACAAAUGAAAUUUCAGAUCUACAACAAAUUUUUAAAAAAAUCCCUGACAAAAAUCAAAUUUGCAGUUCCAUUCUAAAUUAAGAUUCAGGCUGGUACACCCUGAGGCUUUCAUAUAAAAACAGGAAUGUCAUUAAGUGUGUCAUUUACUAAUACUUGCAAAAUGCUUUUAUCCAAACAACAGUUAAAUAACUUAAGAUAACUAUUUAAUUUUAUUUUCCUCUUGCUCUCAAGUUGUGACUCUUGAUAGGUUGCCUCUCUUAUACCAGCCAACCGUCAGCAGUUUUUGACCACUUUGCUGCGUGAACACAUCUGCUAUGGAUAACCAGUAAAAAAAAAGCCUUCGACUCUUUACAACCAAGAUCAAAUACUAACAAAAACUAGGGAAUCAAACCUCUAGACCAGCGGACUAAUUUCUCAAUUUUCUCACAGCCAUCAAUUUCAUUUGCAUGUUAAAGCUAAAAAAUCCUUCUCUGGGAAUGGCUUAUAACUGUAACCAAAUUUGAAGACUUUAAGGGUACUUGUUCUGCUUUAAUGCAGUUUAGGGUUUUUUCCAAAUAGAAUCCCAAUGAAAGAAUAAUAUAGCCAUGGAUUAAAAGAACCUAUUUUGAUUUUUUUUGUUAUAUAGGAUUCCACAUCAAAUCACAUGUACAAGCUUAAACAGGAAACUAAAAAAUGUACUAUAUGCACUUUAUGGGCUCUCAAAGAUCUGUUUGUAAAAUAAUUUGCAAUCCUAGUGCAUUAUACAUUCAUUUUUAACACCUUCAAUUUGGCUGUAAAGCAGAUUCAUUUUUUUUAAAUACAAUGGAAAUACAAAACCAUUUUUUUGACCAAGUUGAACUUACUGUGUAUGAAAUAUAAACACCAUCACAUUAUUUCUCAUUAUAAAACAACUACAAAUUCUUGCAAUAUUAUUGGGAAGACUUUGCUCAAUUGUUGACUAAUUCUUCAGAGAAUAGAUUUACUAAGUCAGAUUUGUGCCACACAGGAUAAAUGAAGCAAUCAAGGCUACAGUUGUGCUGUUAUAGUCCCCACAAUUUUGAUAUUAUCUAUGUCCAAGGGCAUUUGAAGAGUGAAGAGAUGAUAUUAUUUUAAACCAAAUGGAGCAAAAAGGAAAAAGAUUGUGCAAUUUCAAUCAUCUAAAUACAAACAUCCACUGCAAAAAAAAUUACAUUUACAGUCCCUGUCCUUCAUUGAAGGCACACAA